UCUCCGUCACCGUCACCGACGACGGCCAAGCCUGAUGAUCCGACGCCGUCUCCGUCACCGUCACCGACGACGGCCAAGCCUGAUGAUCCGACGCCAACGCCCAAGCCAGACCCGACAUCGGAACCGUCCGGCACGCCGACGCCCAAGCCAGGUCCAACGUCUGAGCCGUCUGCCUCGCCCACACCAGAACCAACUUUAGCUCCCGAGCCAACGAAGCCGACACCGUCGUCAAUUCCAAGCGAGACGACGGCCAUACCGACAAUGAUCGUCAUCGACAUCACAACGCAACCACCUGCAACAGUCGAUCCAAGCCUCCAGAACCUCCUCAAGAA